AUGGGCAAUGGUAUGGCAGAUUUUGUAUCGAUUUCAGCUCGUGAUAAAUAUAGCAUAAUCACAUUACAAGAGUUUGAUAAGUACUGUUAUUAUGUUGCUGGACUCGAUCUGAGUGAAAAACGAAGGUUCUGGCCAAAAGAAAUUUGGCAUCAAUAUGUUUCAGAAAUUGAAGACUUAGUUCUUAUAGAAAACAGGCAAAAAGCCUUAAAUUGCCUUUCCGCUAUUGUGUUAAACACUUUACACCAUGUAUCUGAUUGUUUGAGUUAUUUAGCUCAACUCGACGAUCCUGGUAUUUUUUCUUUUGCUGCAACACCACUUGUCAUAGGAUAUAGUACUUUAGCAUUUACUUUUAAAAAUUAUGAUUCUUAUAAGAAAGUCGUAAAAAUUAGGAAAGGAGAAGGUGCCAAG